AUGAUUACCUCGAGCUCCCGCCCAUAUAUUCUUGGCGCAUGUUUUGCCCUCACCCUGAUCAUUUUCCUCUCUCUCUCAACUCGAACAGAAACAUCCUCAACAUCCUCAACAUCCUCAACAUGGUUAGACUAUUCAGACAAGUCUCGCAUGUCGCCGGACUAUCAAAGCAAACCCAACUAUCUCUCCGCUACUUCAGAUAAAAAGCUAAGACCGGCCGAUACCACUUCGGAAAUAGGCCGGGCGAGUAAUGGGACUCUUGGUUUCGAGGAAGUAUUCGUCAUAGGGCUGAGAGAGCGCUCAGAUAAGCGGGAUGCGAUGGUAUUGUCUGCCUCUUUGACAGGUUUUGAAGUGGAGUUUGUAGAUGGAAUGAAAGGCGAUGAGAUAUCUGAUAAAGCCCGGCCGCCGGGACUUGCUCUAAAAGACGGGGCAAUAGGUUCUUGGAGGGGUCACAUGAAUGUAAUCCGUAGAAUCGUAGAAAACAAACUUGCCUCCGCAUUCAUCAUGGAAGACGACGUAGACUGGGACAUCCGGCUCCUAACUCAACUCCCCGAAUACGCCAAGGGAAUCCGCACCCUAUCCCACAUCCCUCUCUCCACGCGCCAACACUCUCCCUACGGCGACGACUGGGAUGUCUUGUGGCCCGGACACUGCGGCGAUGAGCUCCCCCCCACUUCCAACAAAAAUACCAAAGACGAACUCUACAUAAUCCCAAACGAUCCAACCGUCGCCCCCAAAUCCGCGCAAUCAUCGUUAAAACUCCUCGCAGAUUAUCCAGAAAAGACCCGAAUAGUCCACAAGGCCGGCGCCCCCAUCUGUACCUUCGGAUACGGCGUUUCCUACCGCGGAGCCCAGAAAAUCCUCAUGGCGCUCGCCGUGAAAGGAGGAGCGGAUCUCGCCGUCGAUAACGCAAUUGCUUUUCUGUGCCGUGAUGGAUAUCUAGACAUGAAAUGCUAUUCCGUAGAGCCGCAACUAUUUCAGCAUCAUCGGCCUGCAGGGGCGAUGAAUAAAGAUAGCGAUAUCAAUAGUUUUGGGGACGGAGAUGCGAAGGGGACGAGGGAGAAGGGAGUUACGGAUAUGAUUGUUUGGAGUGCGAGGUUGAAUUUGGAAAAGUUGAUCAUGGGGAAGGAGGAUUAUGAUGUGCAGUGGUGA